AUGCGGUUUCCAGCAGCCGGGGCUCUCGCCCUUCUCAGCCUUGGAUUAUCGGCAGCGGCAGUCCCCUCCAAGCCGGCGUCGACAAUCUCGCCAACCUCGCCGACCUCUCCCAAGACCGACCCCUUCUACGCCGUCCCCGAAAACAUCGAGCAUCUACCGCCGGGCACCCUCCUGCGAUCCCGAAAAUUCCCCUUUACCGACUCACCAUUCGGCCUCACCGACGUCAACUUCAACAUCAGCCAGCAGAUCCUCUACAGGACGACCGACAGCCACGGCCGCGCCACGGCCACGGUCCUGAGCGUCCUCAUCGCGUCGCCCGGGAACAACAGCAAAGUCCUCUCCUUCCAACCCGCGCAGAACGCGCCGGCGCUGCAGUGCGCGCCCUCGCACACCUUUGACGCACACCCCCCGAGCCGCCAGAAGCCCGAGAGCACCAUCACACGGCCCGAGCUCCUCUCCAUCCAGUCGGCGCUGCACCAGGGCUGGAUCGUCCUCAUCCCCGACUACCAGGGCCCCAAGGCCGCCUACAUGGCCGGCAGGCUCGCCGGGCACGCCGUGCUCGACGGCAUCCGCGUCGCCGUCCAGACACCCGCGCUGACCCGAAUCCGCAAGAACCCGAAAAUCGCCAUGUGGGGAUACUCCUCGGGCGCCGCGGCCACCGCAUGGGCCGCCGAGCUCCAUCAGACGUACGCGCCGGAGCUCGAGAUCGUCGGCGCGGCCGUCGGCGGCGUCCCGGCCGACAUCGCCGCCGUCGUCGACAGGAUCAACGGCCGCAAGCACGCGGGCCUCAUCGCCGGCGGCGCCGUCGGCCUGGCCAACGAGUACCCCGACGUCGCGGCCGCCAUCUACCCGCGCAUCCGGAACAAGUACCAGCCGCUGUUCAACAAGAUCAAGACGCGGUGCGGCGACGACAGCACCAAGGCCUUCAACAACAAGAACGUCAUCACCAUGUUCAACACCACCGAGGUGCGCAACCUCCCGGCCGUUGUGGACGUCAUGAACCAGACGUCGCUGGGGAAGAUGGCGCCCAGGAUCCCCAUCUACUUGUACCACUCGUUCCACGACCAGAUUUCCCCCGUUGGCACGGUCAACAAGCUGUAUGAUUUUUACUGCGCUAAUGGUGCGUCGGUGCUGUACAAGCGCGACUUCUUCUCGACGCAUGGCUCGGCGGCUGUGACGGGCAUGCCGAGGGCCUUGGUGUUUUUGAUUGACAUGAUGGAUGGCAAGGGGCUGAGUGCUUGCUCGCAGGCUACAAUCCUUUCGGGGCUGCUUGAGUCGCCUACCUGGGGGAGGAUACCUGAGGGGUUGAUCAACGCGUUGCUGUUUUUGCUCCGUAGGACAGCGUAG